UUGAGUUCCGAUCCUCAUCUUGCUCCCACAGAGAGCUGAACCUGCAGACACUUUGCAGACGCGGUAACAGUUCGCAGUUUCUCUUCAGAGACUCACAAAGGAAAUAGCUAUCAGACUCGCGGAGACGCGCGCAUCAUUCCAGCGGACCGAACCGAAGUGGAUCCGGAUCGGGCAACAAGAGGAUCUCAAACACAGUCCAAGUGGAUGUUGCAUCGCGCUUUCCAUGGUGCUGAAAUGAUCUGACCUGAUCUGAUCUCAGUCCGAAUCAUCAUCAUCUGCACAGCAGGAGUGUGUUUGGAUCUGAGCUGUGAUGCUCUUCGUGGAUUUUCUUCGUGGUCGGAGGAGGUUGCGGGUGUCUGUCUGCAAGCCACCCUGCUCCUUCUGGUUUCUUCUGCUGUUUGGGAUCGGAGGACUCGUUCUCUUCAUCCACCUGCAGGAUCUGUCCGAUAUGGUGCUUCAGCAGGCUCCAGCAGGAGUGAAGUUCAGAGGAACCACUCAGUCUAGACAGGAGCAGUGCUCUCAGUUCAGUGAGGUUGUGGGCGUCUCGGCUCAAAUCAAUCAGCAUUCAGAGGAGAGCGACGUUGACCCCAUCUCACCGAUGCAGCUGCCAGACUCCCAGUGGAAACGACAGGCCGCCACGCCGGGGUCCCGAGAGCACGACCCGGGCUCUCAGCGGGUCACAAAACGUCACCGGAAACUAUUAAAGACCAGCCCGGUGCUGCGACCCCACACGAACUCUUCCCUGCAGAGCUCACGCCGUCUCUCUGACGUCCAAGAGUCCCGCCGGCGGAUCGUACGCGAGGUCUGCGGGAAAUAUCGGAGUAAUAUUUCACGGCUGAUAACGCCGCAUCUCGUCUCGCGGAUUUACGUGGAGGACCGUCACAAACUGCUGUACUGCGAGGUGCCUAAAGCCGGAUGCUCCAACUGGAAGAGAGUCCUGAUGGUUUUAGCCGGCGUCGCCAACUCGACACGGGAAAUCAAUCACGUGGCCGUUCAUUACGACAAUCACCUGAAACGCCUGGACAGCUUCGACCGGCAGGGCAUCACGAAGCGUUUAGAGACGUACACCAAAGUCCUCUUCGUCCGAGAGCCGAUGGAGCGACUGGUGUCUGCGUUCAGGGACAAAUUCGAGAGCCCCAAUUCCUACUAUCAUCCCGUCUUCGGAAAGCCCAUCAUCUCCAAAUACAGAGUGAAUGCAUCGCAGACGGCUCUGAAGACGGGAAGCGGCGUGACCUUUCGAGAGUUCAUCCACUAUCUUUUGGACGUGCAUCGUCCCGUGGGAAUGGACAUCCAUUGGGAAGCAGCCGACCAGCUUUGCAGCCCCUGCCAUCUUCACUACGACUUCAUCGGGAAAGUCGAGACCUUAGAAGAAGACGCCAACUUCCUUUUACGAAAGAUCGGUGCGCCGGAGAACCUGUCGUACCCCUCGUUCAAAGACGGGAACCCCAAAGCGGCCAGAACUUCCACUCAGAUCACACAGCAUUAUUUUUCGCAGCUGAACGCGUCUGAGCGCCAGCGGGCGUAUGACUUCUACUACAUGGACUACUUGAUGUUUAACUACUCCAAACCUUAUAAAGACCUGUACUGACGCUCGUGCUUUAACUGCUGGUUACCUGUAUGCGCUGUCCGUCGUCUGAUCAGUGCUUCAGAGACUAAUUAGACUAAUUUAUAAGUACACAGUCUCAUCCUCUUUGGAGAUUCAGCUGUCGAUAACCCGGAGCACAUCACUCAUUUACAUAAAUUGCUCUUUAUUUGCCAUUAUAUAGUCUGAGGUGUGACUCGACAAGUUACCAGUGACUAGCUCAUCUACCACAA